GGCUUCCCGUUUUCGCCGGAAGUCCUGGCCUCAGCUGACCUGGCUCACGUGACGUGCCUACCCGUUGACUGGCAACUGGCAGGGAACCCACCUCUCCCCAGACAUGACGACGGCGCUGACGCAGGGCCUGGAGCGCGUCCCGGACCAGACGGGCUACCUGGUCAUCUGCGACGGGGCGGUGCUGGCGUCGGCCGGCGACCUGGAGAACGACGAGCGCACCGCGGGGGUGAUCUCGGAGCUGGUGAGCACGGCCUGUGCCUUCCGCGUGCCCCGCUCCCCCGAGGUGCCCUUCCGCCGCAUGUCAGUGGUGUUUGGGGAACACUCCUUCCUCGUGACCGUCUCUGGCCAGAAGCUGUUUGUGGUGAAGAGGCAGAACAGUGUCCGGGAGCCGGUGAUUGUCUGAGCCCUCCGAUGCCACGAUGGCUGCUGCUCUUACCGCUACUACUAGAACUUGGAGGGUUGGGGGACAGAGGGCCGUGCGCCCCUUCCUGUUGUGUGCACGGCUCACCGCUUUGUGUGAUUAUAUGUACGUGAGUGCGGGUUGGAUGACUCACUGGGGAUGCUGCAUGUAUUGUUAAGGGCCCUUCACAAAAUGGGGGUUUAGUACUUAAAACUGGGGCUCUGACAGAGCUGGAUCACAUGAAAUAAAAACCUUUUUUUAAAAAAA